ACAUUCCAUUCUCAAAAGAAUUUGCAAGUUCUUUUUGAAGCAUAUUUGUAACAUGGGUUUCCGUCUACCUAGAAUUAUUACUGCUAAGAAAAGUCUUCAACGAUCUUCAUCAACAGGAAAUGGAGCAUCUCCAAAGGCUGUUGAUGUUCCAAAGGGAUACUUUACGGUUUAUGUUGGUGGGGUACAAAAGAAGCGUUUUUUCAUCCAACUAUCUUACUUGAACCAGCCAUCUUUUCAAGAUUUGUUGAGUCAAGCAGAAGAGGAAUUUGGAUAUAAUCAUCCAAUGGGUGGCAUUACAAUUCCUUGCAGUGAAGACUAUUUCCUCGAUCUCACUCGGAGUUUGAAUGACUCGUGAACCAGAGAGAUUAGUAUCUAGAAAUAGAUGGUAUAUACAAAGGAUUGGAAAAGUACAGAAUGUAGAUUGUAUACAUUUUUUAAAUGGAAGAACUUGAUUCUUUGAAUUGAAAUUGUUC